GUGGACCUUACCUGUAUAAGCUGCUCCUCGGAGUGAAUGUCCAACCGCCUCUUCACCCCGACCUACAACAUUGAAGGUGUGACGUACACCUCCAAGGACGGCGUCUCACUCCCUAAGGCCAUGAAUUCCCAAACCGACAACGUGGGCGUGGGCAAGGGCCUGGACGCCAACCAGUAUGCCACCAAGAAGACCGUGGCGCAGGGCAUGCUGGACGUGGCCCUCCUCACCGCCAACGCCUCCCAGCUCAAGUACGUGCUCAGCGUGGGCGAGGAGCACGAGUUCUACACCGUCAUGCUCGUCCUCAUCAUCUCCUCCCUCGUCCUGCAGGUGGUGGUGGGCGUUCUCUUCAUGAUAAUCGGGAUGAUGAACAUAAAUGACCCAGAACAGCAAAGCGCUGCCAACAUACUCAACAACAUCAUCGUAAUCUUCGUCUUCAUUAUAUCCGUGCUGAACGUGGUCCUUUCCUCCUUCGGGAUCGAGAACAUGAAUAUCAACCCUCCCGGAGUCCCCAUAAUACGAAACACCACCAAAAUCAAAUAGAAAUAAGGCACGUGUAUAUAAUAUAAUACUUUUACUACUGCUUUACUUCUACUACUACUACUACUACUACUACUACUACUCUCUCUCUCUCUCUUUCUCUCUCGUACCUGACGUGGCCCGCCCAUGGCCCAGUAAUCUUGGCUUCGUGUCAUGGCCUUGUGAUCUUCCUGUGCCUGGCCAUAAUGGUGGUCACUUCCCUUCCUCUGCAAUGAUAAAAGAGAGCAUGUCACCCCUUAGAGCGGUUGUCUCAGUCUUGGUUUAGCCUUGAGGUGUGCUUGUGUUCGUGUGUGUGUUCUGAGCACAGUGUUACGAUUUACAUGAUUGAUCAUCUCUAAUCAUAUGUACAACGAGAUCUAGAGCACUCAAAACAUAAGAGAACGUCUGGAUAUGUGAAGGGGUAUACACAAGCAGGUGUCAAGAGAGAAUGUCAGAUUAUGAAGUGCAGAUGGCUCUCGUUUUAUUGGAGUUUGAGUUACAAGCUAUUUUGGGAAGAACGCAAUGUGGGAAACCAAAUGUAUUCCUUACUCUAUAAGUUUUUACAUCAACGCAAACACAACUCCUUAAUUCACCGUGUACUGUUUUAUUUUUAUUAUUAUGCGAAAUUCACUUUAUGCGGCCUCUUCAAGGACGCAUGGCUAGUGUACAACGCGUGUUACCAGUGCGUGUUAAGAAAAUGUGAAUAUUUGAAGGAGUAUCUAGGUACUUUUUGUUGAGAGAUUAUUAGUACCUCUGUGCGUGAAAGUACACCAUGACAAAUAGUUUCAGUAACUACAGACAAUGAGGUCGCUCUUGAAGAAUUUAAGGAGACAAAAUGAAUACGAAUCUCUUUUUGGGGAUUAUUCAGGAAUCUCUUUGAAUUGUUGCGACAUACGGACAAUGAGGUCGCUCUUGAAGAAUUUAAGGAGACAAAAUGAAUAUGAAUCUCUUUUUGGGAUUAUUUAGGAAACUCUUUGAAUUGUUGCGACAUACAGACAAUGAGGUCGCUCUUGAAGAAUUUAAGGAGACAAAAUGAAUAUGAAUCUCUUUUUGGGGAUUAUUUAGAUAACUUUUUGAAUUGUUGUGAUUAGUGGCAACGUUGUGCUUGAAGGUAAAGCAUGACAAAUAUCAUCAGUAAUUACAUACAGUGGUCGGCCAAGGAAAAUUAAAGCUAACCAAAACAGAAAGUGUGUGAGUACUCAAGAGCAUAGACAGCCCUUGAAAUGUUGAAAUACUCGUGAUACCUUUUUGUACUAAAAUAAAUUGAUCAUGACAAAAUAGCAUGUAACUUUCAAUUAAGACGCGGCCGGGACAUUACUGCCGCCUUGUUAAUAGUAGCGUUUUGAAUGUCACCACAACGUGCGCCGCGAACCCUCGGCUGCUGAGAUUACUGCUUUACUGUUUCUUUCCUUUGACGUAUAAGGAGACAGACCAAGGGCAAAAACAAAUACAUAUAUAAAUGAAAGAACUCCUGUUACAAGCUGCUCCCUCAAGGAAAACAGGAGAUGCCGUAAAAGAUAGUUACAAUACAAUUCGUAAAUCAAUCGAUAAGUUUUGCAGAUACAUCAACCAUCUCCUCCCUCUCACUCUAAAGAAACAAAAUAUAGUAACAUCCCAUUUUGCGCUAAUUAUUAUUUUUUAAGGGGCGCGACGUAAGAUAUCAUUAUUUCUUAAUUUACGCGCAUCGCUUGUAUCAACACGAACCAAGCCCCUUGACAUACAAUACAUGGUUAUAGAUGUUUUGACGCUGAAUUCUCUUCACGUGGUCUCUUCAGGAACGUUGCCCUCGCGUCAAACAAGCUACCUGUACUGGUAACAUUAUUUUUGUUGUGAUAUUACGAAAUAAAUCAACGUUGACGAAAAGUGCUUUCCUUGUGUUAUGUUUAACAUUUGCAAGAUCACUCCUAUGCCUGUGGAAUAGACAGUUUAUGAUUUGGAUAAACACUCCAGUAAGGAAAACAUUGACGCCUUCCUUAUGCUGUAUUUCCUUUUCUUUGGGUGACCUAAAGUCUUGGCUAAAGGGAGUCAAGACAUCACCUCUGUUUUCUUCGUAGGGCAUCAUGCAUGAUCAGUGUUUUCUACUACUUUUCUCAGCCCCUGGUCUGCCUCCUCUUACCUUUAGAAUAAACAAUGAUACACAAUACAAUCCGCCACGCAUGCCACGAAGAAAACUUUCGGGGAUGUAAUAAGUUGGCGUGUGUGUCAGCCUGCCGCGCCCCGCUGUGCCGCACCGCGCCUCGAGCUGCUGUUGUCACGUAGUAGUGUGUGUUGUGAAGGUUAAAAAUGGUGCCUUUCCUGACAUUAUCUUGUCCUUUUCUUUUUUUACUGUGUAUAAUACGUAGGGCUUUAUCAGGUCAUAGAUCCAUUGAUAUUCAUAGAAAUUUGAAUCACUUAGUUUCUUGAAUUCAUUAUGGAAUUUGAAUUGCGUGACAAUCAUGAUGUAAAAAUGUGUGUGGGUGUUCUUAUUUCUUGGUGGUGUUCCUUUCUCGGUGUGGGCUGGGAUGAGGGUGUCAAGGUAUUGGCAACAACACGACUUCGUGUAAAAACAAGUACGUAUACAUUUCUGAGAAUCUCAUUAAAAAUAGUGCUGAAGCUUGCCCAUCUGAUCUCUGACACCCUUUUUUCAUGAUAGAGCUUGGAACCUGGAGUCUUGUUACUUGUAAUUAAUACAUUCAUGAUGAAACUCAAGGACUAGCAGCACCCAAAGGUGUAGUGACUUAGCUGAGGUGUGUCAGCUUGGAGUGUUCGGUGGAAAAGCAUCAGCAACGCCUUAUACUGAUUAUUUCCUCCUUCCUGUGAAUUAACUCCUACGUGAGGAAAGCAGAAGGUAGGAAGAAUCUGUGAACUUUGCGCUGUUCCUUUAAAGCAUAAAAGCUUGGUGCCGCUUGCAAUCGCUCACUCCAUGAUGUACACAUUCAGUAUUUUGAAAAUCAUAAAAUGUAAAUUAUUAGGAUACUUCAGUUGUGUUCCAUUUAUUUAUUUGUGAAGAAAGCCAUGUAAUGUUCCUCCAGUCUCCUCCCGAAGGGAAAGUUAGUGAGGAUGCUGAAGCAGACUCCAGGCUUCCACGACUCUCCCCACAUCUCUCCAGAUUUGUAACUCAUUCUUACCUAAGUUAGGCUACUUAAUCUUUCAUUGACUAUUUCCCCUUCUUUAACUCUAAGAUGUACUGUGAUACACUUGACUUCAAGUACAACACUCAAUGUUGAUACAAUCCCAAGUUUGUAUUUAGCAAUAAUUAAGUUCCGGGAUGUAGGAGACAAGGAUUUGAAGAUUAUCUCAAUCACUUUCUGUAAUCAUUUAAGAAUAAUAAAAAGAAAGAUAAUAAA